CAUCUUGUUCAGUGACUUGUUCGUCGCCUGUUCUCUCAGUCGUCUCGUUGACCUCUCGAUUUGUUCUUAUAUUCUAGUACUUUGUUGCGAUUUCAUGGUACUGUAUAGCAGUGUGGAUUUGGAUACAUCUUCCAUUCCCUAUCACGGCCCCAUAAUAGGCCAUAUUGCCACAUCGGGCUCGGAGAUACGGAAUAUAUAUCUUAAAGUGUGCAGAGCUUGCGAACUGAUGGCGUCAAUUCCACCGUCUGCUUUCUCUGCUGCCCGAAUUAGGGAAACACAACGUGAUAUGAAGGUAUCAAACAUUAAGAAAGGCGGGGGGGAACCUACGAAGUUCUACCAUACAAAAUUGAUGGAACUCACACCCCUGAAGUACAACAGCAAGUUGAUGAACAGUAUCUGGGGAUUUUACAACCGCUACUCACCCCAUAACGUUAAGAAAAUUAACGAUGCUUCAACUUUCAAUGGGGAAUUGCAGCAAUCUGCUGGCAAUUCCACAAACAAAAACGAUGCAAUGCUUUCAUUGCCAACUAAGCUAGACAACGUAUGGGCCACAAUUUCCCAGUAAUAUUUAUAUGGUCUCCGAAGUCUUCAAAAUAUCUCAUUACUUAGUAUCCUAAUUAUUUACUACAUGAA